AUGGUUCUGCAGCUGAGAGGCUACUCUCUUUACAACCGUGGAAUCUCUUUCCUCGUCUCUUCUUCCUUGAGGCAUCUUAGUACGGCUUCGCUUUUGUUGAACUCCGAACAAACCACUGUCGAGCCACUGGUGAAAUCAGAGCUCGAAGCUCUAGUUCUCAAGCAAUACUCACAUGGGAAGUUCUAUAGUCUCGUUAAUAACGCCGUUGCUUUACCCUCCGUCCUUCUCGCGGCCUGUGAGAAUCUAUCUCUCGCUGCCAACUCGGGCGGUUCGUCCACCGAGUUAGCCGAUCGCGUCUCCAGGAGGUUCUCAGUCGAAGAAAUGGGGCGCGAGUUACGCGAGGGCAGGUUCGAUAUCCGUUCCUGCUGCGUCGAAUUCGUCUCUUCAAGAGAAAACGAACCUCUUGUUCUCCCCCAUCUAAAACUGAAAGUAUUGAUUGAAGCCAUUAGAAUGGUGCUCGAGAUUGUGUACGAUGAUCGAUUCGCGACGUUCUCGUACGGUGGCCGUGUUGGCAUGGGUAGGCAUACAGCGAUUCGUUACCUGAAAAACUCGGUGGAGAAUCCACGGUGGUGGUUUCGCGUUUCGUUUGCUCGAAAGAUGUUCAGUGAACGGAAUGUUGAUAAACUCUGUGGUUUCGUUGGAGAGAAAAUCAACGAUGGUUUGUUGAUUGAGAUGAUAAAGAAGCUCUUCGAGUUUGGGAUUCUGCGAAUCGAACUCGGUGGAUGUAACAGUGGAAGAGGUUUCCCACAAGAAUGUGGAUUGUCUUCGAUCUUGAUCAAUGUGUAUUUCGAUGGUGUUGAUAAAGAGAUUCAAGAUAUGAGGCUAAAGAUGAAAACGAAGAAUCCUCGAGAGGAGGAAUCGUCAGGUAAUGUUUUCUACAAGCCGAUAAAUAUUUAUGCCGUCAGGUAUUUGGAUGAGAUACUUGUGAUAACAUCAGGCUCGAAAAUGCUGACAAUGGAUUUGAAGAAGAGGAUUGUAGACGUUUUGGAAGAGAGACUAGACCUGAGAGUAGAUAGAGUGAACACAGCGAUUCAUAGUGCAGUGUCAGAGAAGAUAAACUUUUUAGGGAUGUAUCUUCAGGCUGUUCCACCUUCGGUUCUGCGUCCGCCUAUGUCUGAGAAGGCGGUGAGAGCAAUGAAGAAGUAUCAGAGGCAGAAGGAAGUCAGAUCAUUGGAGUUGAGAAACGCUAGGGAGAGGAACCGAAAGGUACUGGGGCUGAAGAUAUUUAGACAUGUGUUGAAGAAGCUCAAGCAGAGCAACGGGGUGAAAUCUGAGUAUGAGAUAGAGAAUGAGGUUGGGGAUGUUUUCGAGAGAUGGGGAGAGGAAGUUAUGAAAGAGUUUAUGGGGUCUCUCGAAGAUCGGUGGAAAUGGCAUUCUCUGCUCACCAGAGGAGAUUUUCUCUCUUUGAGGCAUAUAAGAGAGAAGUUACCACAGGACCUGAUUGAUGCUUAUGAUGAAUUUCAGGAGCAGGUGGAGAAACACUUGGCACCGGCGCAAGCGAAGAAGGAACUAGAGGAUGAGGAGAAGAGAGUGGAAGAAGAAGAUGAAGAGAGAUAUGCUCAAAGGACAGUUGAUGAUUUGACAAAGCUAUGCAUGAAAGUGUCAGCUCCGGAGGAGCUUGUUAGGAAGGCUGUUAAGUUAGUUGGGUUCACGAACAACAUGGGCCGGCCACGACCUAUCAGCCAGCUUCUAGCUCUUGAGGAUUCUGAUAUCAUCAAAUGGUAUGCGGGUGUAGGGCGUAAAUGGCUUGAUUUCUUCUGCUGUUGCCACAAUUACAAAACGGUCAAGAUCAUUGUAAGUUAUCAUAUGAGGUUCUCCUGUAUAUUGACACUAGCAGAGAAGCACAGAUCCACUAAACGUGAAGCUAUUAGACACUACACGAAAGAUCUCAAAGUGUUAGAUCUUGAGGGGAGCGAGGAGAUGCAUUUUCCAUUGGAAAGAGAGGUUAAGAUGAUGGGAGACAAAAACCUUUCAGAUCCGAGACCUGUGGAUGGGACACUGUCUUUGCUUUUGAUCAGGCUUGCAUCUGAUGAGCCCUUGCAUUCUUGUGCUGCUAGUUUCUGUGAACGAUCGGAUACAAUCAUGUACCGUGUACACCUACUGCAAGACCGUUUGCAUAUUAGCCCACUGGAUGAAAAGAAAUGGGUUCGUGGCAUGGGCGCAAUUCACUCGGCUUUGAAUCGGAAAUGUCUCCCUUUGUGUUCCACUCACAUCAGUGAUGUAUACUUGGGUAAAAUGACUCUUCAAGAUGUUGAUGGUACUUCAUUCCUCGAUCUCAGGUGA